AUGGCCAGGGCCAAGGGCAAAAGCAAGAGACGAGCCAAGGAAAAAGGCAAGAAAAAGGCCAGCGAGAAGAACUGCAAGGCCUCAAGUGCCGCGUACCACCCGGCCACCGUCUCGGCCGGUCUCGGCAGGGUCUCGCCCUGCGAUCCGAUGCGCUGCUCCAAGUGCAGGAAGGUCCGGACCCGGCUCUGGAACACAAGAUACCAGGCGAACGACCCUUACAACUUCAAGAUCAAUGGCCUCCAGACCUGGGCAUCUUGCAACCACUGCGUGUGGCGCCAGUCCACUCUAAGCGCGGAGGACUGGGUUGAGCUGCAUACGCCCUGGCUCUUUGACAGCUACUGUCCCUGCCACUGGUUCGAGUUUGACGACCACGACUACGGAUACUGCCCCACAACCAAGAGAAUGUUCGGCUCGCGCAAGCGCCGAGAAGAGGUCGAGGCUGCGGUUGCGAAGGAGAAAAAGGAAGGGGCGGAGGAGGAUUCCGCAGCAGCGGCUUCUGACGAGGAAGAGGGAGAGGAGAUGGACAUCGACGUGGAGGCGGAAGACUAA